CUACAACCACCAUGGCUCGAAAAUUCUUCGUCGGCGGCAACUUCAAGAUGAACCCGAACUCGGUUGCCGAGAAGAAGGCGCUUGUGGAGCUGCUCAACAAAGCUGAGCUCGACGCCUCCGUCGAGGUUGUUGUGGCUCCGCCCUUCCUCUACUUGAUCUCCCUCAAGGAGAUCCUCCGCCCCGAAAUCCAAGUCGCUGCACAGAACUGCUACUGCAAGGAGUCCGGCGCGUUCACCGGUGAAAUCAGCCCGCUGCAGCUGAAGGACGCAGGGAUUCCCUACGUUAUCCUGGGACAUUCUGAGCGCCGAACGCUCUUCGGCGAGACCUCAGAGAUCGUGGCGGACAAAACCAAGGCUGCCCUGGCUGCCUCCCUCUCUGUCAUCCUUUGCAUCGGCGAGACCCUCGAGGAGCGCGAGACGGGCAAGACCACCGCGGUCUGCGCCGCCCAGCUGAAGCCGGUCAUCGACACCCUCUCCGAGGCCGACUGGAGCAAGAUCGUGAUCGCGUACGAGCCCGUGUGGGCGAUCGGCACCGGCAAGGUCGCGACCUCGGCCCAAGCGCAGGAGACGCACAGCGAGAUCCGUGCCUUCCUCGCCAAGGCCGUCUCCCCCGCAGUCGCCGGGUCGAUCCGCAUCAUCUACGGCGGAAGCGUCAACAAGGGGAACUGCAAGGACCUCGGCGCCCAGCCGGAUGUGGAUGGCUUCCUCGUGGGAGGCGCGUCCCUCAAGCCCGAGUUCGUCGACAUCAUCAACGCGACCAAGGCAUAGAUAUCUCGCGUAAAAAUCCAAAAACCAAUAGAUUGUAUUUUGUAUCCAGAAGUGCUGACCUCGCUGUACUAUGCCUCAUGGGAAAGUCUCCGUGGCUCGUCAGCUCAUGGCCUGUGUA